AUGGGUCGUGUUUACGGUCACGGAAAGGGUAUAUCUCAGAGUGCUUUGCCAUAUAGAAGGUCUGUUCCUUCAUGGCAAAAGCUCUCCGCGGAGGAAGUGAAAGAACAAAUUGCUAAACUGGCGCGAAAGGGUCUUACGCCUUCUCAAAUCGGUGUGAUUCUUCGUGAUAGUCACGGCGUCGCCCAGGUUCGAUGGCUUACCGGAAACAAGGUUUUGCGUAUCCUCAAAGCUAAGGGCCUUGCACCGGUCAUCCCAGAUGAUUUAUAUCACUUGAUCAAGAAGGCUGUUGCCAUCCGAAAGCACUUGGACCGUAACCGCAAGGACAAGGACAGCAAGUUCCGUCUCAUCUUGACUGAAAGCCGAAUUCAUCGCAUCGUACGAUAUUACAAACGGAAGCGCGUCUUGCCGCCAAACUGGAAGUAUGACAGCUCCACAGCGUCCGCUUUGGUUGCGUAA